UUUGACAAGUCGAAUAAAGAGUUUUUCCAGACAAAUUUGUCGCGCAUAAUUUCUGGCUCUUACAUUGUCGUAUCCAUUUUCGAAAUUUCCUGAAUUUUUGCAUUUGUAAGGUAGAGCUUUUCCGUUUGAUUAAAAAAUUGUUCGCAGCCGAGGGGAGCGUUCCUCAUCCAAUUUGCAUGGUUGUACGAUGGAAGCUCACCGGCUCGCUCGCUCGCGAAACGCUCGUGUUAUCUGCUCGGCGCGGACGGCCGGCUAAAAGCUUUGACCUAUGGCAGUCGGUCGACGAUAGCCGGCCCGCGCAUUCCACUCCGAGCGCACCCUUUCUGAAUGGCCCGCCUGUUUCUUCGCCGCGAAGAUCGCGCGACGACUCUUUGCCACUAUACUGCCGUCUUACGUAGCUUAUUCUUCGCACGGAGAAUCGGCCAACUUUCUUCAAAAGAUCAUUUAUUAAUCGAACCGUGCGAUCUAUUUUUAAUCGAUUAAUUAUAUAUUCUCUCGUUGAUCGCGACAAUAAAAUAAAUAAAAUUGGUAAAUGAAAGAUCGAUAGUAAUGCAGCAGGAUGGAUAUAAUCGCAUCCAAGUGCGUCGCUGUUGCUUACAGGGAGACAACGAAGCAGAGCGACUGAUAACGGACGAGGCGAAGGAAACUCGCAUCCGCACGAUUAAUGAUCUCGCGAUAUACCCGCGAUUCUCGGAAGGCGAACUUUAAUAACUAACCGACUCGAAAGUUGAACUUCCUCGGCGUAGAAAUCUAUUCUUCGCCGCUAUAUUCUUCGAUCGUUAUUUAUAUGGCACGCGCUGACGCCGUUCCAGGUGAACGCGCGAAGGUGUACAAUCAAUGGCAACGACAUUUCGAAUGCAGCUUCGCGCGCUCCGAAAGUAGGAUACUCGGAUUUCUUCAUCUUUCAACCAAGAGGAAUUCAUUAAUUUAAUUUUUUUAUUCAACAUUAAUAAAUUACAGCUUUAUUUGGCUGAAUAACAGGGCGAAAACGCUGACAACUCGCAAUUAGUCGGUUAGAUCUCGGAUUUCGGAGGCACGUCACUGGCAUAGAGUCGUCCAUCUUUGCAAAUUUAUGGCUGAUUACGUCGCAUUUUUCUAUUCCGCUCGAGAAGUGUCGGAAAAAUGAAAUAUACUGAAUAUUUUUCGAGAUAUGCCGCGUCGCGUCGAGGACGCGAUCGAACGAGAUGCCGUCGUGGGCGCAACGCGAGUGGGCUGUUGACCACCGAAUCGAGAACUUGGCGGCCCACUCGUUCUAGCGCGCGCGUUUCGCCCACGUAGAAGAAACCAAAGCUCUCUUAGCGUAGGUGGGGAUGAAGCGCGUGUCGCGAGGGCGAGAGGAAGCGGACGCGGAGCAUUACCGAGCCCCAUCCUCGCUAAUGGAACGUCCUCGUCGAGAGUGCCACCACCUCGCGCGGGCUGGGCAGUGCGGAUUACCGAGGCGACACUUACUCCAACGACUCCAACGUCAAGUCAGAGUCCAUCGGGUACAACACCGUCGACGGCUGUCGAACGAUGGGCUAGCGAGCGAACGGCACCGGUUUGGACGGGUCGUGUCAGCAGCAGCAGCAGCAGCAGCAGCAGCAACGGGAUCAAACACACAAGAAGGAUCGUUGUUCGAUCGAACGGAUCCAAGAGCCGAGGGACCAGUUAGCGGGGCUGGUAUCCGUCUCGAGCGUCGUUGGAUCGAGGAGAGGGAGAAGCUGGAGGCGACGAAGAAGGUGGAGCGACGGCAGCGUCACUUGGAGACCCAUAGCCCAGGAGGUGCAGCAGCAGGUCAUCUCGAACUGAGCGGUCGGCCGAUGUCGCGCAAUAAUGCGAUCCCGCCGUUCUCGCGGCCUCCUUCCUCGCGAACGAACGUUGCGGACGAUUGUUUCGUCAUCGGUGAGGACGCCACGUCGCGCCUCGUCGUUCCCGCCUCUCCUCGCGUGCACGAUCACACUCGACCGUUCCCGCCACCAAGGUUACCGCCCGUGCACGCGGUAACGACGGUCCCGUCCGUGCCACCGCCCCCACCUCCGCCACCUCCACCGGUGUCGGAUAACGUCGCGACGACGACAACGCUGUCCUCGUCGUCGUCGUCGGCCCCCGGGACGCCAAUAUCCCGGAUAGCGGCGACGUCCUUUACCAUGCCUCUGACCCCGUUAUCGAGUUCCUUCCGGAGCAGACCGUCGUCCCUGCGCCGUCCGCAGAACGCCGAGUCGCCGGGCGACGCAAAUUCCAGGAGUCUACUGUCGCCGUCGUCCACGGACACGUCGACGACGACGAUCGCAUUGUCGCCCAGGAGUCCCGUCGGCGAGGUGAGCCUCGCCGCGCCGCGACCAGACGGCGAGAGGACCAUCAACGAAUACGUCGAGGCGCCGUUCAAGCACUCGCGUUGCAAUCAGGAACGACGCCUCGACGCCGAUAGCAAGGCCGUCGUUGGCGAUUGUCCCAAGAGCGAGAGGAGGCAUCACCACCACCACCAUCACCACCACCACCAUCAUCACCAUCACCAUCAUCCGCGGAGUCACGAGGAUGCCACCACGGUGGUACCGACUCAUCGGACGCGAGGUCGCGCGAGGACGCAGGGUUUGCGUGCCGGCGCUUCCUCGCCCAUCGUCGCGUCCAACGCGGCGAACGCCACGGGAGCCAACAUCAUCACCAAGCAGCCAGUGUCCUUCACUAAGGAGCCGGCGAACGCUCUCGGCGCGAGGACCGCUUACGAUUCGGCGAGCCUCUCCAUCAUUUGCGACUUUUGCGGCAAAUGUCGAUGCGAGUCGUGCCGGGAGCCACCUCCGUUGCCUAGCAAGUGGCUCUGCGACAACACGUGCCUGUGCUCGGCCGAGACGGUCUUGGACUACGCGUCUUGCCUCUGCUGCGUCAAGGGUCUCUUCUAUCAUUGCGCGGAUGGCGGUAGCGGCGGUGGCGUCGCCAGCGACAUGGACGACGAGGUGACGAUGAGCUGCGCGGACGAGCCGUGUUCCUGCACCGGUAACCGCGGAGCAUCCAGAUGGGCCUGCCUGAGCUUCCUCACGCUCUUGAUGCCCUGUCUGCUGUGCUACUGGCCCUUGAAAGGUUGCGUCACCCUCUGCGAGUCGUGUUACGCGCGUCACGCUGCGCAAGGCUGCCGGUGUAAUCCGAACGCGAUCGGCGGUAGGCAUCAUCCCAUCACCAGCGAGAUCGGCGACUCGAGGGACCCGGAGAAGAGGCUGCUGGAUCCGGUCACGCCGGAGCUCUGAACGGAUUAUUUCAGAGACGCGUCGUCGCCACGUGUCUCGUACUCGUGUUAUCUUUGUGACUGAACGAAGCGAUUGGACUAGAAAUACAGGACAGGAUCCCGCUGACGGACAUGUGAUGCGAGAGUGUCAGUGGGAGCGAGAGUGAAUUGUUGCAUCAAGUACAAGAGCUGCAUUUAAAUAUCGAGAGGAGAACGAUAUCGAAUUUUGACGAACUUGUGUACGUUUUAACGCGUCGCGAAUGUCUUUAUUUAUUAUUCUUCCAUGAACGAGCAGUGCGCGCGUGCACGUGUCGGUAUGCUUUUUACAUGCGCGAGAAAGAGAGAAAGAGCGCGAAAAAGAGAACGGUGUGUCUGUGUGUGUAAACGAGUGAGCGUCUGUAACGUUUUGUAUGCGCGAGUUGUGAACGAUAGAGAGAGAGGGAGAGAGAGAGAGAGAAACGAGGUAUACGCGAACUAGCGUAUCGUCCAGACACAUACCACUUACGCAUAGAUAACUCUAUAAUGUUAUGAAUUAUACGCAUUGUACCACGCGCCGAGCAAAAUUCUACGACGAACGCUAAUUUAUCGGGGUUGGGGAAGGGGGGAGAUUACAAUACACAGAGUAAAUAAAAGUUAAAAUAUAUAUAAAUAUAUAUAUGUAUAUAUAUAUAUAU